UACAAUCAUUGGAUUUAAAAAAAAAAAAAAAAAAAAAAAUGUUAGCAUCCACAACGCGUGAGAAGAUUGGGACGCCGACUUUAUUGCUCCUCUAUGCUUGACUUCAUCAGUCCAAAUUUGUGCCCCAAUUCGCACAAGAGUAGCAGUUCUUGACGAAUUCACAAUCGCAUCUCUGUAUCUGCAACUGCAUUAUUCAUGGAGUCACAGGAUGGAUCUGAAAGCUACGAUGUGUUUAUCAACUUCAGAGGCGAGGACACCCGCGAUACCUUCGUUUGCCACCUUCACAGUGAGCUAAAGAAUUAUGGAAUCCACGCAUUCGUUGACAGCGAAAAUCUUUGGAAAGGAGAAGAUAUUAAGCCAGAGCUUCUAAGAGCACUAAAAGGCUCCAAGAUCUCGAUCGCUGUCUUCAGUGAAAGGUAUGCAGAAAGCAAAUGGUGCCUCUGGGAGCUCGCUCAGAUGCUGGAAUGUCAUAGACUUAAUGGUCAAGUCAUUUUCCCCAUUUUCUUCAAGGUUAAGACAACGGACGUUAAGAACCAGACCGAAAGUUUUGAGAUUUCGUCUGCGAAACAUGGUAAGGAGGCACCUGAAACUCUACGGAGAUGGAAGGACGCUUUGCGAGUGGUAGGAGAUAAGAACGGAUGGGUUUUUGAUGUUGGGGAUCAAUCAAAGUUAGUAACUUCAGUUGUUAAUGAAGCCUGGGACCGAUUGAAUAAAGUCCCCUUGAUUGAAGUUAAACACCCUGUCGGAUUAGAGCCCCGCAUAGCAUCUCUAUUAUCUCUACUAUCAAAUAACAAUUCUAACGAUGUUCAAUUUCUAGGCAUUUGUGGUUUGGGCGGUAUUGGGAAGACAACCAUUGCAACAUUCGUAUACAACCGCAUCUUUAGAAAUUUUAGCAAAAGUUGUUUUCUUGAUAACAUUAGAGAGAAAGCAUCACAGCCCAAUGGUAUGGUUUCUCUGCAAGAAACACUUUUUAAAAGUAUUUUUCGGAAGAAAAUAACAAUAUGCAGUCCUGGAGAAGGAUCAAGAUUGAUAAGAGAAAGACUUGGAAAAACAGAUAUUCUUCUCGUUCUUGAUGAUGUGUACAAUUGUAUUCAAUUAGACACAUUGGCUGGUGAUCUCAAUUGGUUUGGUCCUAAAAGUAGGAUAAUCGUUACAUCCAGAGAUAGGAGUGUUCUAAGUGGAAUUCCUCACAGUAAUCGUAAAAUAUACGAGCCAAAAGGAUUGACUGAUGAACAGAGUCUUCAACUCUUCAGUUCAUAUGCUUUUUCUCUAGAACAACCUCCCAUUGAUUACAUGCAGCUUUCAGUUGAUAUAGUAUGCACUACAGGAGGGCUACCCUUAGCCCUGGAGGUUUCGGGUUCCGAUUUAUCUAUUACCAAAGACAAAGAAGUAUGGAAAAGCAUGCAUCGGAUGUUGAAACAAAUUCCUCAUAAUGAUGUCUAUGGAAAAUUAAAGAUAAGCUUCGAUAAUCUGCAAGAUGAUAUUGAGAAAGCCAUGUUUCUGGAUGCUGCAUGUUUUUUUAUAGGAUGGGAUGAAGAAACUGUAAUUUCCAUAUGGGAAGCUUGUGGCUUUGAACCGAAUUACCGCAUAGAAGUUCUCUGUAGAAAAUCCCUUUUAAAGAUUAAUGAAUCGAAGAAGUUGGAGAUGCACGAUCAGAUUCGAGAUAUGGGAAGGAGAAUUGCCUACAAUCAAAGUCCUGUGGAACCUGGUAAACAUAGCAGGCUAUGGUCCCGUGACAAAAUCAACAGAGUAUUGAGUGGUGGAAAGGGGAAUGAUAUGGUUGAAGGUCUCCUCCAUAGAUUCAAUUCAAAUGACAGCCCCCCUUGCUUAUAUACUAAAGCCUUUGAGAAGAUGCCUAGACUAAGAAUACUACAAGUGGAUGGAGCAACCUUGAAGGGGAGCUUUCAAUUUCUUCCUUCUAGGUUAAGAUGGCUGAGUUGGCAGAAUUGUCCAUUAAAAAAACUAUCUGCCAGUUUUUAUCAUGAAGAAUUAGUUACACUUGACUUAAGUUUUGGCUCAGUUAGACGAGGUUGGAAUAAUUGGCAUGAAAAUAAGGUGUUUCAACAAUUGAAAGUUCUUAAACUCAGUCACUGUCAGUCUCUGUCUAAGUCCCCCGACUUCUCAGGAUUUCCUCUCUUGGAGAGUUUGUAUCUUGAUGAUUGCCAUUCUUUGGUUGAUUUACAUGAAUCUAUUGGGCAUCUUCGGGAGCUCGUUUACUUGAACUUGAAAAAAUGCAGAUCUCUCAAGACACUCCCAAACAGUAUAUGCAGAUUGAGUUCUCUUCAAAAAUUAAUUCUCAGUCAUUGCACCUCACUGGAUAAGUUGCCUGAAUCCAUUGGUGACUUAAAAGAAUCUUUGGUUGAUCUUUUCUUGAAUGAAACAAAUAUUAAAACACUGCCUGAUGGUGUUGGACUGUUAAAAAAGCUAGAGGUAUUGCAUCUUUCACAUUGGGAUGAUCUCAUGUAUAUGCCAAGGUCAAUGGAGAAUAUGACGUCUCUGCAUUACGUUGAACUUAGUAUGUACAACCUUCGAUGCAAACCGCUGCCCUCUACUUUAGUCCAAUUUUGUGUUCAUCGCCAAUCAUGGGAAUUCUUACCAGACUCACAAGACCGGUUGUUGUUUUAUCGGUUGCCACGGAAACUUACUUUUUUCAGACACAAGUCACCUAGCAUUCGUCAGCCGCAAAACAGAGGCAUUAUAAAGACAAAUAUAAUGAGAGAUCUGAGAUGGACUUCCUGCACUGGUUCUAAUGCUUUGGUCCAAGGAUGCUGCUAUAUAUUUUUUUGUGUUUUUAACAGGUUGGUGUCAAUGAUAAUCUGGUCCUUCGUUCUCCUUGCUGAGUUGCUGGGGCUUUACAACCUGUCAUUGGACUAAGCUCCUGCUGUUUGAAGAGCCAAAGGGAGACAGCUUUGUUACUUGGAUAAUUUUCUGCAAGGGAUUCAGAUUGCAAGUCUGAGGUGCUCCUGCCUUAGUUUCUGCUCUUGGUCGCAUGUUCUCUGUGCUCUGUUUCUGCAUCUGGCAACUGAAAUCAACUAACUAGGCCUUGUCCCAGCUACUUGGGAUCGUUUACAUGGAUCUUGUUCCACGUGGUAUACGCGCUAGUGUCUUGCCUGAAGUUCUUGGAAUCCUGGCUCGCAAGUUGUGAUCUGAGGCAUCUAAACCUGUGUAUAGGUCUGAGACUGCUAGAAGCAAAAGUCGUGAUCUGAGGCACAAGUAGAAAGAAAGGGGAAAGCAAUGGAGUAUGUGUAACUGGGGAGCUCAUAGAGACCUCUUGGAUGUGCAGCUUUCCCUACAGAACGUGGGAACCAAUUCCUAGAGUGGAAAUAAGAAUCACACAGGCUGCGUUUGGUUGCAAGGGAAAUGGGAAGGGAAGGGAAGGGAAGGGAAGUGAAGCGAAUUUUUUU